AUGUCACUGAUGCGGUCUUACCACCCCUCCGGGCUCAGCGGCCGUGCUUCGUACGCUGAGCUGAAGCUGUAUCGCCUCCGUGGAAACAUCCAUCGAAGCGAAGAGGACAGUAUCUAGAUGAAGAUUUUCUGACUGUUACAUACUUUAUUCUACUUGGAAGAUUAAUUUUAAUAUAACGAGCCCAGCCGAAGCGAGCAGAAGUCAAAGGUUUUUUUUUUAUGCGUGUUCUUCAUCUUCAAUCGACCUGUAUCAAGUACAAAAAAAAAUGCAGGCCCCGAGACGUAUGUCCUGCGCAUUGGUAGCUUCAUGACGAUGGGUUUCAUCAAGGAGCGCUUGGCGGCACAUUUGAAUCGUGCGAGGGGCACCAGGGGCAAUAUUGUCACCGUCGAACAGCAGGAGGCUGAUUCAUUUUCAUCGAGCGGAGUCGGAGUCGGGGGCAGUACUAGUGCAUCCGAAGUCGAAAAAAUCAAGACAACGUCUUCUACUUCCGCAGUAGUGCACUCCCAUCCCGAGGUUCGCCCAGACGACCUGCGGAUCAUCUACAAAGGCAUCGAAAUCGGUGCGGGAGCGAACGGAUCUAGCACCGUGAUGAUGAAAGAGUUUGGCUUGAUCGAGGGGGAGAAGCACACUGCAGAUUACCUCCUCCCGGUCGACGGGCGGCCACACUCAGAAGAAGAACUGCUCGAAAAGCUCGCGGCCGCGGAAUCUACCAUGCUGCAAAAAAACGAGAAUAUUAUCGGAAGUAACUACAGCUGCAGCCUUUGUUCCCUUUCUCCCACUCUGGAACCUACCACCCCCGGUGCUGUGCCUCUGUUGGAGGAUCGCACGCCAGCACUGCUUCCCGCUGCCGGAUCCGGUCCUUCGUUUGCAAGUCUCCCGAUCCGGCCACGUGGCCUCAGUGUGUGCCUCGGCAGCGCGACCGCUCUGGCGAGGCAGUCAAGUGGACCUGCGACGCCACUCACGCGGAAGCAUGCUGCUGUAUAUGGAGGUUUCGGAGCCGCUUGUCGUGCUGCUCUCGGGACAGCUCCUCAGACCACGCUGCUGCCCACGACCCCGGAGCGUGGCCACGUUGCUGAGUUUGCGAAGUCGCCCUGCUCUCCAAAUUGUAGUUGGGCGGGACAAAUCAGAGCUCCUGUGGUCACAGGUGGAUCAUCCAAAAAGGCUUUGAAUUCAUCCGCUCUCGCCCACCCGUCGACCGAGGCUGCUGCCCACGUUGUGCUCGUGAAUCCCCUUGAUAAAGCAACACUUUCUACUGUCGCUGCUCACGACCGGCUGGAUGAAGAUGAUGCUCAACAUGGAGGCUCAGGUUUUACCACGACAGUACUAGAGAGUGAUGAACAAGUUCGGGAGCUGCGAAGUCAAGCGGGUGAAGCAACAAGUUCCGCACGUAAUUUUCAAAACGGGGCUUCAAGGACCACUGCCAGCACGCGGCGCGUUUCUUCCAUGGAACAAGGCGAAACGCCAUGUCCUGCUUCUCCCAGGCAACGAAGCGAUGGAAGCACCGAACGAUUUCCAGCGGUCGGGGCAAAUAUGAACACAAUCGCCAGAUGUCCUAGUACUUCGAUUGAAGAGUAUCCCAACGUUGCUUUCACGACCAGCAGUGCCGACGAGGACUCUUGUGCCGCCAGUUUGGGCACGACCAGUCGCUCUCCAACGGGGGAAGCGAACAUGAUUUCCGCUGAGGGAAGCAGGAAGCAAGGACCUUGGAGUCCAAGAACUGGUAAGAAAAAACAGGAGGAGGUUGAGGACGAUGACAAAGUGGCCACUUUUAUCGCGGACCCGCAGGCCUUUAUGGACUCCGAUGUGGAGCACCUAGUGCAACAAGCGGCCGACGCUUUCACGAACGGCGCGUCGCCGCAGCUCACUCCCGAUGGAACGAGUGGGACCUACCGAAUUUACGACUCGGCACACCCGACUACUGUUCCACCGCGCCCGAAGAAAAACAAGAAUAAGAGAGCUGCGCCUCAUAGUUGUACUUCUACACACGAAGACGUGGAGCCGGAAGAGAGGAGUACCGCAGGAAGUCGAAGUCCAUCUAGAGGUUUGGAUAACUAUGUGAAGGAGUCCCAGAAGUAUAGCAAUAGUGUGGCCGCGACCCACAGCCAGACUAAAACCAUCGACACCUCCCUGAAGACGUUGCUCGUGAUGCCCAGCAACUCGGAGGAAAACAGUAAUGGCCAGUCGGAAGGUAGCAGCUCUCACUGCGAGCAGCACAAGCCGCGAAGUAAAAUGCCUCCGUGGCGUCCGCGCCGGCUUCGGGGCACCACCUUCUCGCAGCUCUCAUCCAGCGGGGACUCGCUCGUCUCGACCACCGCCCCACCGGAAUCCGAGCAGACUUGGACGUCCAGCAGCAUGGCUUCAGCACCAACGGCGAGCCUGGGGUCAAUCGACCCGGACACAACUGAGGGGCUGACAGCGUGGUCCUACAGCCUCAGCAGCGAGGGACCAUCUCCAUCCUCUUCCGCGACGAACAAAUCGAGCCCAGUGAGUCAUGGAUUAAUACUGGGCAGCACUGGUGGUUUCGGGAAAAGAACAGACGUAAACAUCAAGAACCAACAGCACAGCGACCUCUCUGCGGUGCUGUCUACUGCAGGCGCAGCUACCAAGAACACCGGUAGAAAAUACAUUCCGCCACAUGCCCGCUUUCGGUUCACAAACAAAAAUUGUUCUUCAACGGCCGCCUCAGCAGCCGCUGAAGAAGGUAUGCGCAUGGAUGUCCAGGAGCGUGCGGCGGGUGCUCGACCAGAUGCGGUCGAUGAUAACGAAGCCCCGGCGUGGUCGGGUACUGGAAAAACUCGUAGUAGCCAGGACCACUUUGACUUUUCACUGGUAGACGACGCGCAUGGAGAAGUGGAAGCGGACGGCGUCGACGGUGACCGCCUCGCGUACAGGGGGAGCGAGGAAGUGGAAGUACCGGGUCUGCUGCAAGAAAAUCGCACGGAGGACUCGGACCAUUCGCACAGGACCGCUUCGACCGCAACCUCCACUCCAACGGUCGGCUCGGUUGUAUCGCUAGUAUCGGACAUCAACCUGACGAUGAACAAUAUCAAUAUUAAGUCCAAGCCACAAAUAAACCAAAAAACGCGGGGGCAACUACAACAUUAUGCGUCUCCAACUAGCUCUAGUAGUGCGAUGAACUACAACGCUACGAACACGUCGGCGCAUGUAGCUUCACAGCAGUCACACCAUAAUCCAAUGCGCAUGUUGUUAACUGCUACCUCCACCUGUUCGCAACUGAAAGUGAUUCCAGAGCGAGAUUCCGUCAGGUCAGGCUCCUCAUUUUCCGCUGACGGAACCUCUCACCGAACGGAACGGGUAAGCUCUUGCCUCGAGGAGCCCCCGGACACGACCACCGCCAUGGCGCGCACGGCCUCGGGAAAGUUGAAAAAGAAGUCCGCGUUCCUCGAGAUGCACAAGGAUUGCACUGACCGCGAGCAUCUGAUCGGGUUUUUCAAGCCCCGCGACGAGGAGGUGCACGCCCCGUUCAAUCCCCGGGGCACGCAGUCCAAGGUGCCCGACGUGGAAUCCAGUCGACCGGGCGUGUACGCAACGCAGCAGGCCUGCCGGGAGGUCGCGGCCUACGUCAUUGACCAGGGGUACGCGGGGGUGCCGCCAACUGUCAUGGUAAAAUAUGGUUUUUUUGUGGGUCGCUGAUCUUCGCCAGAUGACGAGACUCAGACUCGUCGUGGUCUUUGAACUGAUUAAAUAGAAACCCCGAAUGUCUGAUGUCUGUGCUUCGAAUUCAGAUUUCUUGGGGCAUUUUGACGAACGAAAAAAACUUUAAAGUUAAACUACAAGCACGACUUCACUCUAUCGUCUCAAUAAAUUUCUAUCUCAGUGUCGAGCCCGGCAUCCGGUAUUUUGCAAUCCGGAAACGGGGUUGAUCUGGAAGCAUGGUAGUCUGCAGCAGCCCGUGGAUUCGGCCCGUGACUCGAUGGAAGACUUCGGUCGGUCGAUGUUUUCCCCGGAACAGAUCCACCGAAUCGGCAUCCUGGACGUCCGCAUUCUGAACAUGGAUCGGAACGAAGGAAACUGCCUGGUGAAGCGGAAAAAGGUCGUCCGGGCGCAGGAGCAGCCCGGUCGACCCCUGCCAAAUUUUGCGUGCGAGGACGAUGUAGUGCAGCACGAGGAGCACUUCGAGGAGGACCCGAAGGAGGUCGAAGUGCUGGAAUUGGUUCCCAUCGACCACGGACUGUCGCUCCCUGACCGCCUGGAUAUUUCCGCAAACGAUCUCGCCUGGAUGAAGUACCCGCAAGCGAAACUGCCGUUUUCCCCCGAGACGCUCACCUUCAUUCGCAGUCUAGACGCUCACCACGACCGAGAACGCCUGCGAAAGUAUUGUGGAAUCAGAUCAGAUCCGCUGCGCCUGCAAUGGGUAUUCAUUGUUGUACAGCUUUCUAGAUUUAAAAAGUUUUGUCAUCUGUGAUUCUUCUUUUUUCCGUACACGACACGACACGAUCACAAUUUCGCUCCGAUUCAACAUCUCCAAGAAGAUGCAAAAAUUUUACAAAGACGACACUGACCAGCAUGCCCUUGCCCGGCACCGCAGCGAUUAAUACGCCUCCUGCAGUGCAUGUUGUUCGUAGAAAGCGCAAAGAGUUCUUGUUGUAUGAAAGAUUUUUAAUAUGAUAAUAUGCCAAAAGGAAAACACAAUCAAUAUACAGGCGGCCACGAUCCUGCUGCAAGUGUGUGCUGGGGAAGGGCUGACGCUAUACGACAUUGGGUGCAUCCUGUACAAGGAUGUCGAGCCGCAGCAGGGCGGCUUGGCACCGCAAACAUCGGAGCCCGCGACCGGAGUUUCUGUUUCCUCUGUGGGACCACACCAUCCGCUUCUCCUGCACCCAUGCGUGUUUGAGAAGCUGAUUCGGCAUGCCAUGUUGGCAACGGUUGGCUACGUGACCCGCAACAACUACAUCGUCAGCCCGUGCUUUGCGCCGAGGAACACGAGUCACCUGCCCCGCGGGGUUACCGGCGCGCUUGCCCAGUCGCCCGGCGGUCCGCGGAUCCAAUCUACCUCCAGCCCGAAGUUGAUUCCGUCAGAUCUGAUUAGCCCGAAGAAACAACCGAAAAAAAUCCGUUCUCCAGCUGCUACUGUUGCGUCUUGUUCCACGCCCCGGUGUCCUGCUCCGCCUCCGGCUUCUCUACCUCCUGAGGCACUGGAUCAUAAAGAAAGGCAGGUCGAGGUCGAACAGACGAGCAAAUCAAACUCCAACCGAAAUAACUAUGUGACCGCUGCUCAAGCAGCAGCAGCAGCAGAAGGCCGAGCAAAAGAAGCAGGGAGUAGAAUAGCGUCGCCGCCAAGAAAUUCUUGCAGCAUAACUCCGGAUCUGGUUUGUGAUGUUGAUCGUCCUUGCACGACGAGCACUGCCUUGGCGGUCGAGGCUGUAGGGAUCGUGCCAGUUCCUGCCACAACUGCGGACCGGAUUGAUGAGAAAUCGUUUCCGCCUUCCCAGGCUACAAAGGGAGAGCAGCUCCAGCUUGCAUUGCCAGCAUCUGGUGCAUUACGAGUCCGGCAUACAGAUACACACGACCCGUCUCGACCUGGAUCUACUUGCGGCGCUGGAGUAGAGGACGGUGCGCUAGACAUGUUGUUUGUCGAGGAAGACAGGCGGGAGCAGCUCGAGGUCAAGAGUUCGUUGUACAGGUUCCCCGCCAAAACUCCGGACGAGGACUGCUGGUAUCAGAAUUGUAUCGCUUUCAGAUCUCCUGCUGCUGCUUCAAGAAGUGCUGUGGCACUAAAGAGCUGCAAAGUGAAACAAGUGCCGAUGAAUAAAGCGCCGGACUAUCGGAAACGACUGUCCGAAAGCUCGCCAGUUGAUGUACAAAAGCAGCCCGAGUUGAAGAAGCACUGCGGGCCAGGGCGGCGAGAUUUACCUCUUCAGCAGCUGGUGAGGACCAGCAAUUUCAACGCCGCUUCGAUGUGGUCAUUCACCUCCGAGGAGAGUAAGCAGAACAACAUCAAGUUCGGAAUCCGGGACGAGUACAACACCGAAAAAACCCCCGACGUCCCGUUUGCUUCUCCAGCGGUUUUCUUUGGACCCCAUGACAACCGGCAUCGGCUUUGCAGCGACUUUGCCGCUCUGUUCGCGGAAGAAGCGGCUGCAAAAUCCCCGCAGAUUGCGCAACAAGAAAAGGGAAACAACCAGAGUUGCCCAGACUUGAACUUGUUGCAUCAAAGAGUGCCGCUAGUACCUCAUCCACCCGGCACGCAAAGGGACGAAGAUCCCGGUCUUGUUUUCGGCACGCACGACAUUCAGAUUUCACAGUCAACGCUGGACGAAAUAGACCAGAUGUCACUGACCCUAAGUCCGCCAAGCGGGGUCGUUCUCCCGCCACUUGUUCCGAAUGCAACUACGAGCUGCGCGACCAUCACCAAUUCAUGUUUGAGUGUCGGCAAUGCUUCCAACUCCGUCCCCGAGUUCGCGCUAACGGGCUUCCCGGAUUCUCCGGUCCGCAGUAGCUCUCUGGAGCAAGACUUUUCCCUUGGCUUGAACCUUCCGGCGCAUCAAGAAGACCUUUUCCAACUGGACCAGGAGCAGAACCGCCUUGCGUUUGGAAGUACUAUCCCGAUGCUCCUGCCGCACGACAGGGACGACUGCGGCAAAAGUGUUGCAACCGGGAGAAGCACCCCCGGAGGACCGAACGAGUCGAUCCUUUUUCAAGAGGCGGUUGCAGGCACUGGCACACCUGCUUCUCGACCUCCGCGCCCCAUUCAGCUCCCGGAGCCUUCCUGGUCUACGUCUUCGACGGACAUCAAAGAUGGUGGAGCACCAUCUCCUACUUCGUCCGAAAACGGCUGCGCGCCGCGCACCGCAGUUGAGGCGCCAGUUAGUCGCACGGAUCCGCUUGCCCCGCUUCGCGUCAUGGCGUUGCCUGCCGAGGCACCACUGGUGCUCCCGAUGUUGCCAAUGAUUCCGCAGCCGUUCAUUCCGAAGGAGACCAGUGGGGGCCCAGACACGGACUCGACGCCAACUAGGAAACGAGCUGCUCUCCGCCAAGAAUGCAGUCCAUCCUUAAACAAGUCGACGGCGCCUUCGGUAGAACGCGAGGGCGCGUCCAGCUCACUUCUAGGAGAUGUCGCGCACCCGCCGCCCCGCACGUGCAGAAAGGUAGAGAACGUGGACCUUGUUCCAAGAGCAGAUGCAGAGGUCGUCGCCACAACUUCGAACGAAUUCAAGAACCAGUCAGCUGCUUGUGGUCAACAGCAUUUCUCGACACAGUCUCAGUCUGCAAUGUUACCCUCCCUGCAUCUGCCGAUCAUAAAUCGUGCGGAAAUGGCAACAGCAUCGUCGUUCGUGAGUUGGGAGUUUGCCGAGGACCAACACGGUGAUGCUGACCAUAAUGUCAAUGUUGAUAUUCUGCAGCUCAAGUCCUCAAACACAAACAACGGCACAACACACGACCGCAGUGGCAGUGCUCCCGUCGAGUGCGAAAUUUUCGGUGCAGGAGACCACCAGCUGCAGGAAGUAACCGGAAGCUGCGCGGCGGGACAGAAGUAUGGACAGCUGUUUCACAAGCUUGAACACGAGGUGAAGGAGAAGACACCAUCAUCAAGGAGUGCCAGCGACGCAAAAAGCAUCGCGAUGAAGAUGGCGCUCGGCACCUCUGGCACAAGCAUGACGCCGAAACUGCAUGAAGUAGCUGCUCCUUCUGAUCCUCGUGGUGCGAAAGAGUUUCAGUUUUCAUCUUCACCGACUGGAAGGGCAACAAGUCUGUCAGCAUCGUUUUCGAAAUCAAUAAGCAGAGCGAAGAGCAGCAGCCAAAACCAUGAAGACGAGCACGUCGGGCGUUGUAUUGUUCAACAGACCCAGCAACAGCUCCUCGAACCUGUUGCGCACAAUACACGAUUCCGCCGUACGGCCGGAGGAUCUCCGCGUUGCAUUGGCGACGGUAAAGGAAGUAACUCCAGCUUCUCUCCGUCUGAUUGCACACCCAGAUCCGCGGCUGGCAGUGCUGUUUCUCCGUCGCAGCGCAGCGGUAAAGUUGCUUUUGCGCCGGUGCUCCCAAAAAAUCGAUGCUGGGCCGAGGACAAGGAAAAUUUUUUCUACUCGUCCCACGACAACUCGCUCUCGACUUCUCCGGUGGCUGCUUCGUCUUCUGCCUGUCCUGCUUGGUCAACCGAUGAUGGUGGUCCAGGUCUGUCCGGAACGCCAAAGAAAAAAAAGACCAACAUCAUGGGGGCCAUGUUGCUGCCCUCGUGCCUAGCAUCUGCGCACGAGUUGUGUGCACCUUCACCUCAGGAUGCGACAAGGCUGCAAGGCUGUAGUUCUACAGCAGCUGGCACAACAACUGGCGGUCCUUCUGCCAGCGAUGAGCCAGCCGAGCAAGCAGAGCACGACAAGGAUUCUGACGCCGGCGCUACAGAUGGCAAGAUUCCAGAUCACGCAGUUCCUCUGGACGAUACCACGAGCGCCGAUUGUACGAAAAAUAGGACCGAAGCGAAGCACGAAGCAGGAGUGCUACAGGGGGAAUCGACAUCGAUGAUGAAAGAUGAACUCCCGCUACUUUCUUCGCUACAGUCGUCCACGGCGCCGUUGCCGGGGUUUCGAAAGUCAUUCAGCGACGACGAUGAUCUGAUUUUGUUACCGUCCCCGACGAAGAAGUCGGUUUGGCGGCGCCGCAAACUCAGUUCAAGCGACAGUCCUUUCUGCGCAACCAUCACAAAGGUCGAAGAUGAAAACUCGAGCAGCUCCUCCUCUGCGCAUCAAAUUAUCGCUUCUAAAACUACGAGUUGUAAUGGCAACUCCUCUAGUGCUCCGUUUGACCUCAACAUCGCUUGUGAGGUAGAGAAGCUUCCUUUGGAUGAUGAAGCAGUCGACCUCGACGAGGACAACGAUGGUAUUAUACCAGCACAGCAGCAGAACUUCUACGGUGAAGAAGAUGCCGGAGCUCCUUUCGAAAUGGUCAUCUUCAACGAGCCGGGUCACGCACCAGACGACGCAGACCGUUCUCAGACGAACUCCAAAUCGAGAAUAUCAGGCCGCCUGAACACGACCGCAUCUUCCCCGUUGCGCCGCUCCUCCGUCACAAUGAUGCCAAACCUCAUGUCCUCGCGGUCUGCGCUGCCGGCCUCGUUUGUGUGCAGCCCGACAAGUGGAAGUGCUGGCUGCGCAAGUUCAUCGUCGACCUCGCUGGUUGCAGCUCCUUCACCCGGUGCUUCCGUGGGAACAAGCUCCCCAGCAGCACUACAAGAGGAAAGAACAUCAAAUACCAACGGCACGAGGAGGACUAGCACGAAAGGCACGAAUGCGACUUGUGCUGGCAACAAUUAUUCAUGUUCUUCGCACGCGCAGCUGACGAACGGGAACGGUACAACUUCAAAAACCCACGGUGCUCCGGGCAGCUCGCAUGCGAUGAACCAGCACUCGUCCCUUUUUCAGUUUCCACAUGUCAUGAGCGAGGAGCUCUCCUGGUCCGACCCGAUCAUGGAGCAGACAUUUCGGCACUACCUGGAGUUGAGCAUUCGCACCCACAUCAUGAUUUGUCGCAAGCGUGCUGAAAGGCAAAAACAAACCAAGGCCGAUUUCUCGAAGGACUACGUCCCCUCCGCCACUGCGACCGCGAGCUCCUCUGCGGCAAAAACGAAAAAGCGGCACUCCCGCUCUGCGUCUUCGGCUUGUUCCACUUGUUUGGAUGCUACUACAAUUACAGCAGCCGGCGGCGGCCUUCUCCCUGUCAUCAAGCCCAAGGGUGAGGGUUCGACACCGGGGUCGCCGAAGAUGAACGGGGAGACUAGGACAAGCCCAAACUCAAAAGGCCUCGAAAAGAGUUCAGCUGCCCGUGGUGAAGGUCAACAUCUCCACACCAGUAGUGUCGAGACCUCUACUGCUGGAGCAGGCCGGGGUGCUCGAAACAAUGAACCAGAGAGGAUGCCGGCAUCGCAGCUGCCCAAGGAGCAGCAGGAGCGAUCAUUCCCAAGCGACCCGAGCCCUGUCGCAGUCGAAGCUCCCGGCGUCAGCACGGCGCAGCCACAAGGUCGAAUAAUUGCUGCAAAUAUGAUGGCGAGCGCGGAGGAGGACGAGAACCAUAAACUGCAAACCAACAGCACAAAGGACGUUGUUUUUCAUCUUGCCGAAGAUAGUCAGCCUCAUCUUCUGCAUCUGAAAAGCCUUCCCGCAACUUUCUCGGCCUCUACGACAUGCACGGCUCCGAGCAAUGGCGACGUGCACAUGGCGCGCGCCGGUGGAGAUGAAGGCAAAAAUUCUGCUGCAGCUACAACUUCUAGUGCCGGCAGCAGCCCCGUACAACUUUUGAACGUCGGGCACGGGUGUGAAGAGACUCCAGUAAUGAAGACGACCUCGAUUUCCUCUACAACGAACAUCAAUAUGACUCCGGCUUUGAUGGCUGAUAGAAGCACUCCGAUGCCGCACGCGAAAAAACUUGACCUACAUCAAGGAAAUGCCAGCGAUGAUCUGCUGGUGUAUCAUUCGCCGACCGGCGAUUCGCACCAGGCGGGCGUCGUCGGAGAAGUAGUAACGGGCGGGGAUAAAAACCAUAACCAUCUUUUUCAGGACUGCGCCCUAGUAAGGCAUGACUACCACGACACUUCUUCGAUCCUCAACUUUCCACCUCAGACCUCGGAGCAACGGAACGAGCAUGACGUCGAGUGUAGUUUUGUGGACCUAGAGGACGAUGAUGAAGACGAAGAAGAAAUUGAGGAUUCGGAUUUUGACGCUAUUGCGACUGCGUUUCUUGUGCGCUCCAAUAGUGCACCGCACCCUGACGCGUACUACACACGGCUACGCGAGGACACGCACAGCCUGCUAGGCGUAUUUGAGGAAGAGGUGGCGAUCGUGGCACCAACAGUAAGUAAAAAAGGAAAAGAACCUUCUGGCGCGUAA